AUGGUUGUUAGGAGACUAGAAAAGGAAUUGGCUCUCUUUGGUGGAGCUCCCCCAGCUGCUGAGGGAGAAGCUAACGAGAAUGAUGAGGGAGAUGUGAUCCAGGGGGAAGAUGAAGAAAGUGAGCCAGACGCACCAAUUUCUGGUACAACAACUUAUGACAAUGGAGACAUAAAAGUCACAGUGACAACAAGCGAGAUCUCUCAGGAAGAGGAAAUACAUCCAGUUAGAAAGACAGUGGCUGUAGUGCCCGAAACAGUUGGAGCUAAUAAAAAGAAUAGUGUUCUUGUGAGCAAAAAGAAACCAUUUAAAAAAGUUGGAAAGCGCAAAUCAGGGCCAAAGAUGCAAAAGAAAACAGAUAAAAGGAAAGGAAAGGAAAAUAACUCGAAGAGGCUUACUCUACCCUUAGCCAGUUCUUUGAAGUUUUAG